UCCAAUAUCGAAGAAGAGAAGAAGAAGAAGAAGUUUGGUUUGGUAAUUGGAAGAGAGAGAUGGACGACUACACGAGGGAGAUGAUGGACCUGAAGACAUUGGUGACACGCACUCUAGAGAAGAAAGGCGUCCUCGCAAGGAUUCGUGCUGAACUCAGAGCAAGUGUGUUUGAGGCUAUUGAAGAAGAGGAUCGGGUUAUUGAGAAGGAUCAAGGUUUACCUCCUGCAUUGCUGGGUAGCUGCAACGAUCGAGCUAAACAGCUUCACGCUUCUCCUUCAGGUAGACUCCUUACUGCGCUGAUAUGUGAAUACCUUGACUGGGCACAACUCAACCACACAUUAAAAGUUUAUCUUCCAGAAUGUAAUUUGGAAAAAGAUGCUUGGAAGGCUGAGUUGAAAGAAUUUAGUAGCAAAAAUGGAUAUGAUCUCAACAGAAACGGAGAUAGCCCUGUACUUUUGGAUGUUCUUGAAGGAUUCUUGAAGUUUGAGAAUUUAUCACAAGCAAGGGCUAGUGGUAGGAGAUUUACCUCUUCAGAAACUGAGCCUUUGCCAAACUCAGAAUCCCGGAACAUGCGAAGGCAUUCUUCAUCAUCAGUUGCUGGUGGCUUACCUCCCCUAGGAAGGGCUGUUCCUUCAUCUCAGGCAUCUGAUAGAAGAGGAGGAUCUUCUAUGUCUGCUUAUAGGAAGGAUGAGUACAAUUGGCGAUAUGACAGUGAUGAGCUUCAUGAGGAUGUAAUUCAAGCUUCAAGUGCUUUGGAAAACCUUCAAUUGGACAGAAAAGCUCGGAAUCUAACGUCUUCUUGGCGACAUGCUGGUGAUGGAAUAAGUGAGGAUGAUGGCAGGGCUGAUCACGUGUAGGGACAGACAUUGCUUGUAUAACCACAGUCUGCCCCUGUAUUUCACGGUGUAUUCUUAAUUUUCUGCCCCUGGGGUGAUGAUUGAAUGAGCCUAAUUCUAUGUAAGAUCAUUUAAUUGUGAUGUGAUUUAGUGUUUUCUCCGA